AGAACAACCCACUGUUUGCUUUUGCUUUGAUUUGCUUCAAUUCAUCUCAUGUCACCAAACCCUCCUUUUGGGUUUGGGGAUUCCUACUAACUAACAGUCUUUCAUUGCUUGCCUCUCAAUAUUUAUCCUCUCCUUUUUCUUGAUUGGUUCAAAGGAAUCAACUUUAUUCAUUGGAUUUGGUCAUUAAAUCUGGUGAUUUUUUUUUAAAUUGGGAUUUGGUUCGUAUGGGAUGGGCAUGGGCAAGGGGAUGGAGAAUUUUGGUGAACUUCUUUUUCAGGUUACGGUUUAUCCCCCUCUUCUGCUGCGAUUCCUCCUAUCUCCGAUGGAGCAUCUUCUGCAAACAUCUCACCUAUCCCAUCAUCUUCCCCAAAUGGGAAAAGUGUGAGCCCUCCACCGCCUGCAUUGCCGCCUCUAGAGUUAGACAAUGCACCUCAAAGAUUGAGAGGUUCUGCAGUGUCAGUGUCACCAAGUAGUCCUACAGAAGUUCCACCUAAUGAUUACAGUCCCCUACAUACCCCUCCUCCAAUGAAUUCUCCACCUCCCAUGAUUAGGCAAGAAAUUGUCCCUUCUCCUCCUCCAAUGAGUUCUCAAGGCCCAGUCCAAGUCUCACCCCUUAGUGGUCCCCGGAGUGAGCUCCCAAGCACCAAACAUCCUGUUAUGGCCCCACAAUCCCCAGUAGACGAUGAGUCUCCUUUAAAGAAACCACCACCAAAUAGUCUUCUCCACGCACCGAUUGCUCCAGCACCGGUUGAGCCAACUUUAAGGGAUUUGCCACCAACAAUGCCACCAAGACCCCAUGAAACUGGUUCUCCACAGAUUGCCCCUACAGCUGAGCCACCUUCAAAGAAAUCAUCACAAAACUUACCAACUAGGCAACGAGUUGUGGUAAAAUCCUCACCACAACCAAGCCCUCGCGAGGAAGGACCACCAGACACAUCCAUUACUGUGCCAAUUGCUCCAGCAACCGUGCAGCCUCCUUUAGGUAAAUUGCCACAAAGUCCACCAAGCAUGGAGCCAGUUGUGACGGGAUCCUUGCCACCAAGUCCUUAUGGAAGGAGAGCACUGGACACUCCCCCUCCAGUGUCAGUCCCUCAAGUACCUGUCGAGGAACCUUUAAGGAGAUCUCCACCAGCUAUGCCACCAGUUGAGACAGGGCCCACAAGUCCUCGAGAAUAUGGAUCAACUAAUGCUCCCCAGCCAAUGCAUAUCGCUCCACGCACAAGUGCAACUGAACAAAACAGAAAACGGAAAGAUACACCAUUAGGUCACUCGGUCAAGCAUGCAGUAUCACCUUUUAUUCCAGCUGCUCCAGUUGCAUCACCCCCAAGCAAAGUUUUAGGGCACACUCAUCCCGUCCAUCAAAGGCUUCAUCAGGAGCCUCCGUCUAGCUCACCAGUUAAGCAGGAUGCAUCAACUCCUCUACCAAGCAUCAAUGGAGAAAGAGUAGCCAGCCCUGUCGCUGCACCUCCUAAUAGAUUAGCUCAUCAUGACAUUAAUGCGCAUACUUCUCCGGCAAAAGCUCCAUCUACACACAAAAACGUGAGGCACUCUCUGAGGCACCAUUUUGCAAAGGAGAACAAAACUGCUUCUCCAUUAUGGCAUUCAGUUCCUCCUCUUGCUUCAACUGUACAAGGUCCUUCGAUUGCUCCAGUGCCUUCGUUUGCCUCAAACUCAGAUCCAAAGUCUACCCUUCGACACCAUAUUGCUCACCCACCACCUUCAAUUGCUCCAGUGCCUUUGUUUGGCCCGAGCUCAGAUCCAAAGUCAAACCUUAGACACCAUAUUGCUCACCCACCAUCAAAUUCGGGGCCUCCUCCUUCCAGUAAAAUUUCGCCUUCUUGGUCUUCAGCAAGGAAUCCAAAGAUGUUGUUCCCACAUCCGUUUGUCCUUCCACCCCCACCACCUAAUGAAGAUUGCUCCUCAUUGGUAUGCAUGGAACCAUUCACAACACCCCCACCUAAAUCUUCUUGUGACUGUGCCUUGCCGAUGCAAAUUGGGUUGAGACUUGGUGUAGCACUAUACACUUUCUUCCCUUUAGUUUCAAGGUUGGCUUAUGAAAUAUCUUGUGGAGUUCUAAUGGAUCGAAGCCAAGUUCGCAUCAUGGGAGCAAACUCUGCAAACCAGUAUCCAGAAAAGACAAUUGUCUUCAUUGAUUUGGUACCCCUUGGGGGACAGUUUGAUAACACAACAGCUUUCUUGACAUUUCAGAAUUUCUGGCACAAAGAUGUAAAUAUAAGUGCUUCAUUUUUUGGCGAUUAUGAUGUAUUAUAUGUGCGGUAUCCAGGUCUUCCUCCAUCUCCACCAUCUGCACCUUUAAAUGAUGGAGUUAUAAGUAGUGACCCAUACUCCGGGGAUAAUGGGAGGAAUAUACAUCCUCUUGGUGUUGAUGUGACCAAAAGGCGACACAGAGGUGGGCCGAAUCGAAGCCUCAUUGCAGUGAUAGUGCUUUCAGCAUCUGGUGCAGUUAUACUGUGCUGCGCCGUUGCAUGGAUGCUUCUGUUCAAACAUAGAGACAGGGUGCUCGAAUCGGAUCCUACCCCACCAGCUACAAUUCCUUCCCUUGGAAAAUCACCAAGGGUUGCAGCCUCAGUCACAAGAAGUGGACCCAACUCUCCUUCGCUAUCCUUAAGUUCAAGCUUUGUGGCUUAUACAGGUUCGGCCAAAACGUUCAGUAUAGCUGAAAUAGAGAGAGUAACUGAUAACUUCAACGAAAAAAGAGUUCUUGGGGAAGGUGGGUUUGGCCGUGUGUACAGUGGUGCCCUAGAGGAUGGGACAAAAGUGGCUGUUAAGGUUCUUAAGAGGGACGACCAUCAGGGAGGCCGCGAGUUCUUUGCUGAAGUUGAGAUGCUCGGUCGGCUACACCAUAGGAAUGUGGUCAAUCUGAUUGGGAUCUGUCUAGAGGAACGCGCACGCUGCUUGGUUUAUGAACUUGUCCCAAAUGGCAGUGUUGAGUCCCACCUUCAUGGGGUUGACAAAGAAAGGGCCCCACUCGACUGGAAUGCUCGGGUGAAGAUAGCACUAGGUGCUGCUAGAGGGCUGGCAUAUUUGCACGAAGACUCGAGCCCACGUGUGAUACACAGAGACUUCAAGUCUAGCAACAUCCUACUAGAACAUGAUUUUACUCCCAAAGUGUCGGAUUUCGGUCUGGCUCGUGCUGCGUUUGAUGAAGAAAAUAGACACAUUUCAACUCGUGUUAUGGGCACCUUUGGGUAUGUGGCUCCCGAGUACGCAAUGACUGGGCAUCUUUUAGUGAAGAGUGAUGUGUACAGUUACGGCGUCGUCCUUCUUGAGCUCCUGACCGGGCGGAAACCGGUGGACAUGUCACUCCCGCCCGGUCAAGAGAACUUGGUUGCGUGGGCCCGACCGUUCCUCACGACCAAAGAAGGUUUGGAAUUCGUGGUGGACGCGUCGCUCGGACCCGAUUUCCCGGUCGAUAGCGUCACGAAAGUGGCGGCCAUUGCCUCGAUGUGCGUGCAACCGGAGGUGUCUCACAGACCGUUCAUGGGGGAAGUGGUUCAGGCCCUGAAGUUGGUGUGUAGUGAGACCAAAGAUUUGGAGACCCAAAACCGCGACGAUCAAGAGAAUGUGCUUGUUGGUCGUGCGGAAGAAGACCGCGGGCUGGCGGGUGUUGCUUUGAACGCCCGUUCCCACCGGUCGAACUCGGACUGCGAGGUCGACCUCGAGCGCGGGCAUUCCAUGUCAGACCUCUUGAGCCCGUCCAUGAGGUACGGGAUCCGCGAAUGCGGGUCCCACGGGAGGUCGGCGGCGGCGGGUAGGAGGGCCCGGAGAUUGUGGAAGAAAAUGAGACGGUUGUCGGGCGGGAGCGUGAGCGAACGCGGGGUGGUGUUCAGGUUGUGGCCCGCGUCUAACUGAUCUUUUUUUUUGACACUACUUGGGGACGGGGUACGCGUACACUGUACAGUAAUAGAACAAUUUUUCCCCCAUGGUCUUCUUCGUCUAUUGCAGAGAAGUGUAUCUAUAUAUGUGUUGUAGGCAUAGGGGAAGUGUGG